AUGGGAGAAACAGAGGCCAGCCCGAGGUCCACGACGAGGCACCAGAUCUGGGGGCCCGUCGAGAUCGACUCGGACAGCAGCUCGAGCCUGACCCCGAGGAAUUUGCCAACUAGCAACAGCAGGCCGUACAGGAGCAAAGUUCAAUGUUCGAACAUUAGCAAGAGGCCAGCCACCCUGAACAAAUUUCGCUUUGUGGAGUUCGCAAAUGUCUCACAAGCGCAGAACGUUCAGAGUGUGGACCCAUGGCUCGAGUGGGGAACACAGUUGCUGCGAGUGCGCAAGCUCGGGAAUCGGACCAACGAGUACUUGACCAAGGAGGUUGUGGAGCUUCUGAUGGGCAAAGAUACGGAGUAUAAGGAGGCAUGGCGGGUCAAAGUCCGCUGUCUGCCAACGGCCCCCUUCUCCCGAGGGAGGAAGCAGGGCGUGCGUGGGACUGUCAGCUCGCUGUCUGGCAGGCCCGAAGCGGCGUUUGGAUUGAUCCGCGAGGUGGAGAGUAAUGGUGCUACAUGCGAGAAUCUCGCUGACUGCGGGGACUUCGAUGCUGGGUGCGACCUCAAAUCGAGGGCCACGUUCUGUCUUGUGCGGGCCCUGCGGCUCAAGGAGUUUUCGGUUACCCCCUUCCCCGGUCCUGCGGGUUGGCGCGACCGGGGCGUGGAGAGCGCGCGCUGGCGCGAGGGAUUCGAGCUCAUCGGCAAUACCCUCAAGCUCAGCCAGUUCUCAAAAACGUACAUGCCCGCAAAAGGCUUGGCCAGUUUUGUCGGCUGCGGCCACGACACGGGACUGGUGCUCAUCGGCGGCCGUUGGAGCGUGAUGCUGAGGGACGAGUCCCCCGCCGAGAGGUGCCUCGCGGGCCCGUGGGAGGAUCCGAAGAGAGCCACUGGCACGGACGGGUCCUCGCGCAGCACCAGCCUCGAGCCGACGGCGACCUGGACGCCGCCGGAGGCCAGCUCGACCCUGGCAAGCGCAUACAGGUACUGGGCCAGGCAGGCGCAGAGUGCGACGACCCCUGGCUGGGCACCUCUGAUCAGGAGGACGACGGCCAGGACGACGGGGAGGUGCCGCACACGGACCCGGGGUCGGUGUGGUCAGUGGGGUCUGAGAAGCACGCAACAGGCAACUGCAGGGUGUGCCACUACUUCUACACGAAGGCGGGCUGCAACAACGGGGUCAACUGCAACUUUUGCCACCUCGUCCACAGCAGGCGGCGCCCGAAACCCAGGCCGUGCAAGUCGCGGCGCGUCAGGUGCAAG